GCCCCCGCGGCUCCUCCCACCCCAGGGGCUUUUCUCCAGUCGCCAGUGACUUCGCUCCCAGAGCGCAGCUGCCUGGUGCUGCUUUCCUCUGGAGCGCGUGGGGGGUCCUUGCUCUUCUACGAACGCAAGGGGCAAGGGUCAGUGACCUCGGGGCGCUCCCCGUGUCCUUGUCCCCUAACCCGAGCCCCAGCCCCCGGCCCGCGCCUAGGCCUUCAGCAUGGUGCUGCUGGCUGGGCCCGGGCCGGAGGGCGGCGGGACAAGUUGCUUGUCCCCGCAGUCGCCGACGCCACCUCGGGGAGUACAGACGGGGGACGACCCAGCGGACUACGAGGAGUAUGAAGACUUCUCGAGUCUGCCCGACACCCGCAGCAUCGCUUCAGACGAUUCCUUCUACCCUCCCGGAGGCGAAGAGGAAUGCGGCGCGUUGAGCGCGGAGAGCGUCCCGGAGGGCGUCCCCGAGGCGGCGACCCUCCUGCGUGCCGCCUGCGCUAACGACGUGGGGCUGCUGCGGGCGCUAGCGCGGCGCGGACCGAGUUCGGAGGAGGUACGGGAGACUGACCGCAACGGCCGGACUGGCCUUAUUGUCGCGUGCUACCAUGGCUUUGUGGAUACUGUGGUGGCCUUAGCAGAGUGCCCCCACGUGGACGUCAACUGGCAGGACAGCGAAGGGAACACAGCCCUCAUCACUGCAGCUCAGGCAGGGCAUGCCACCAUCACCAACUACCUACUGAAUUAUUUCCCUGGUCUGGACCUAGAAAGGAGGAACAUAUUUGGCUUCACGGCCCUGAUGAAAGCGGCCAUGCAGGGCAGAACAGAGUGUGUGCGAGCCCUGAUGCUGGCAGGGGCAGACAUCCAAGCAAGGGAUCCCCGUCGUGGGAUGUCACCACAGGAGUGGGCUGCGUACACUGGCCGAGUGGAGGUUGUGCGUGUCAUGCAGAGGCUGAUGGAGCGACCCUGCCCACAGCAGUUUGGGGACAAGUACAAGCUGGAAUUGCCGCUUCCCGCUGAGGCAGUCUUGAAGAGGGCAGGCUCUAAAAAUUGUUUGCAGAGAUUCACCGAGUUCCUGCGCUCCACUCUGACCUCCCGAUCAGGCCGGAGCCUGGAGGAUGGAGGUGUCCUUGAUCACAUGGUCAGGAUGACCACAAGCCUUUACAGCCCUGCUAUUGCUGUAGUCUGUCAGACUGUGUGCCCAGAGAACCUUCCUUGUGUGGGGAAACGACGCUUGGCCGUGCAGGAAAUUCUAGCAGCUAGGGGCAACCGGGAUGCCCAUGUGCAGGAUAGCAACAAAGUAGAGGGUUCUGAGCCACAAGUCCAGACUUCAGAGACCCUCAGGGCCUCAGGGCCCACCCUUGCCCCUAUGACAAGGAAGGCCAGCCUCCUGCCUUUGCAGUUACUGCGAAGGAGCAGUGUGCGGCCUGGGGUGGUAGUCCCCAGAGUACGCAUCAGCAAGGCCCCGGCACCUACUUUCCAGCCAGAGCGCGCAGCGCCCAAGGGCAACACCAAGGACAGCAUCUACCUACAGAUCCCCAAGUGGCGGUACAAGGAGGCCAAAGAGGAGAAGAGGAAGGCGGAGGAAGCUGAGAAGAAGCGCCAGGCAGACGCACAGAAGGAAAGGCGGGCUCCACGCUGGAGGAAAAGGACGUGAAUGGGCCGUGAUGCUCACCGUGCAUGCCUGGUGUGAGGAGGCAGCGCAGGGAGCCAGC